AUGGCGUAUUCUUUGUGGGGAGAUCCUAAUGUGGAAUGGUCGGAAUCUGGAGCGUGUGGGGCUUCAGGGGGUAUCAUCAUAUUGUGGAGAAAAGGUAUCCUCAAUAUUAACUUCAGUUUUAGGGGAGUUAGGUUCGUGGACAUUAAUGCAGCUUGGAAGGGUCAAGACAUAUUUUUCGUAAAUGUGUAUUCCUAUUGCUUGUCUGCUUUGAAGAGGAGGUACUGGGGAGAUCUUGUGGCUAUAAAGUCUAGGCUUAACAAAGGCAGUUGGAUUGUGGGUGGAGAUUUUAACGCAGUUUCGAGGAACAAUGAGAGAAUUGGUGCUAGCACUGGUGGUCGUAGAUCUGAGAUUCAAAAUUUAUGCAAAUUCAUUGAAGAUUUGGACUGUAUUAAUGUUCCCUGUAUAGGAGGGAUCUUUACUUGGUUCAGUGGAUAUGGAUCGUCUAUGAGUAGACUUGAUCGUAUUCUCAUCUUAGAAGAGCUGGUUAUGAAUUGGAGUAUUGUCGGUCAAAUUGUUGGUAAGCGAGACAUCUCCGACCACUACCAUAUUUGGUUGAAAUCUAGUAGUGUUAACUAG